GGUGGAGGAUCUUGCUGGUUCACUUUUGAACCAGACUUACCGUCAGACAUUACUUCCGGAACUGCUAAGUUUUGUGGUCUAGGCUCUAUUGAUUUGAAUGGAGUUAAACAUAAGACAAACUGUCUUGUUGGAAGAAGAAUUCCUUGUAAGUAAAGUUAUCUUGAUUUGAGUCAAGUAUUAAAAUACUCGUGAUGUUUGAGCUUGAUGUUAGAAAUUUUAGCAAUGCGCAAGCAUGGACGUCCUAUGUUAAAUGCCAAACUUGGAAACCAUUUUUUGCUAAGGCAAGCUACUUAACCACUUUAACUUUGUUACGAAAAACCAAGCAGGCAUGUGAUUGCAUGUACAGUGUAAGUUCGCUUUUUUUAGAUUUGACUCAGCUGGAACCCAUAUCGUUUGUAGUGAAAUGAAUUUGGACUCAAGCAAGAGUCUCUAAAACUAACCCACAGAUUACGACUCACUCAAAAAAUUUUAAGACAACCCAUUUCAUGAGACCGGGAAGAUUUUUAUACAGAUCUUUUAUAUCUGAGACUUACACAGGACGAAAACUUGACACGGUUUGUUUUCAUAAACUCACAUUUUGUCAGUUUGUUUUCAAUGCCGUGAACUGCUUUUGAGAUGAUAGUCAUAACAUCAUUGUUUUGCACAGUAGUAUAAAUGGUAUCAAGAUGUAAAUUUUGAAUCUUCGAAUUCCAGACGCUGAGGAAGAAGGUUGGGUCACUGUAAAAGUGAAUGGAAAAAGUGACAGGACUGGCAAAUCAAGUUAUCUUGGGCAGACAGAAAUUUAUUAUUUCAAUGAACGCAAAGAGCUUCUCAAGCAAAUAGUCCAGGACGAAGAGCAGCGUCACACCUUCUUCGAAACAUGGAAAACUGCUUGUAAAGGGUACUCCACUUAUAGCAAAGAAAAAGAGACGAAAUCCCGUGGUUCAGGUAAGCAUGAGAGACAAGUUGACGUCUUUCAUCAAUCCCAAGUAAACGUUGAAUUUGUUAUAAAAACACAUAAAGGACUUACGAAAAAGAUUAUUGGAAUCCAUUUAGUGCGUGUUGGGUUUUUUGGCGAGAUGCAUGUGGCUGUAAGUAGGUUUCCUUUGAAAUACACCUCUUACUAAUCGAUUUCGAGGUCCCCACAGUAAGUUACGGAAAGAGUUUUUUCCGCUCAGAUUUACAUUGUAUGGCCCGCGCGCUUCGUGCUUGGGUCAUAAAUCUGGGCGGAAAAAAAAACAAGGUUCCAUAACUUACAAUGCGGACCGAGAAAACAAGGUUUGUAAGAUAUUUAUUUUAUCUCUGGGUCUAAAUACAUGGGGGAGAUUUCAAUUCGAGCAAACUUCUAAAUUUGGCAGGCCGCAUAUAGAAAAUUUUCGCUACGACAACCACCCCUCACAACAAUACACUACCCCUAAACGGGAUAGAAUCCUUAUUUGUUUCGAGAUGAGGAGUAAAUUGUCUAAUGAUCGUAGUGAAUUAUCUGGAUAUCGUUUUAUCAUUGUAUUACACCAAAAGUCUUUCAUCAAAAUUCCUUUCAUAGGGUGCAUAAAUUCAGGGAAUCCACUAAAUUCACUUCAAGGCUUACUGCUGUUGGUGUAUACAGCAGCGGAAACUAAUACUCGGCAGUUCAUUGAAUUAGUCUUCAAUUCGUCAGCUGGAAAAGUGGUCUUCAACGCCUACAGGUAUACUUCUCCAUUACCAGAAGAUGUUGCGAGAGCAUUUGGCCACGAAGAUACUGCGCAGUACCUUGAGUCCAUAAGUAAAAGGUAUCGUGUAUAUUUCCAUUAAAUACUCAUUUUAAACUAUCAUAAUGGCAUUGAAAAUAAACCAAUUAUGAUAAUAUGAUUAUGGGGUAAGGGGCUAUCCGAAUCAAAAAUCCCAGUUGAGGCUGAGGCUAAGCGUGACUCAAGUUCUGGAAAGCAAAGAGGACUCAAUUUGCACUGUCCUUUUCACACCUACUACUGUUACGAAGAGCACAUUCAACUGCAUGUAUCUUUGAAACCUUGACAAGUGGCUGCUUCGUAGGAGUUUACCAUUUAAUGAGAAUUUGCCAGCAACUACAACUAGUAAGUCAAGAAAUUGAAGAAGUUACUUCAAUUUGAUGUUUGAUUUUAACCUAUUUACUUUAUUCAGGAGCAUAAUUCGAAUUUCUUUUACAAUUGCAAUUCCUUAGUGACUACUUUUUAAGCAAAAGAAAAAUGACAUCUUAAAUUGUUUAUCUCAAGUGUAAAGGUAGUUGUAUUUACAUUUGAGACUUUGAAACAUACUACAGUAACUUUAAAUCUGUAACAGUUUAGACUGGAAAUGACUGGUGACUCAUAUAAGCAAUUGUUAAUAAGAUCUGAAGCUCGUGUCACUGCAGGUUAGUUGAUAGCCUUAGCAGAGAGGCACGUGAUUUUUUUUAACCUCUCCACGAAAGUGGACUGAUUGGCCCCAAGAAUGUUCGGUGUUUACUUGAACUUCAUGUAACUUUAUAACCGACUAGGUCGUCAUUUCCGCUGUACUUUAUAUUUGGGUGUAUCGGGGUGUAUUGAAUCGCAGCUAGAAAAACACAAUGGGACUAUUAUUCUCUCUUGAUCGCAGUUAAUCAAAAUUAUAACAAUUUAAUAGGACAGUUAAGGGGACAGUUAAUACGUCGUGCCUGUGCAAGUGGACAGAACGCGUCAUGUGUGCGUUGUUGUCUUGCAUAUCGCCAAGUUAAUUGUUGUUGUUUUUUCUUAUGAAAACGUAUAACCUUUGUCUAGUUUCAUUCUCAAAUUUUGUCAAAGUUUUGAUUACUUGGUAACAGUACUUCGUGCCGUCCAAUUUUGUCUGUAUUCAUACUCAUGAUGAACACAUGGACUCCCGCCUCGCGAUCGUCUGAUUUUGUUAACACUCCUAUAAUUACAGACCAAAUUGGACGCCACUCGGUCCACUUUCCAUUAUUAACAGAAAAUACUGGACUUACCCCAAAAUAAAAAACACACAAUCACAAAACACUCAGACAACAAAUUAAGAACCCACCAAGAACCAGCUAUCAAUAAAAACUAGCCAUAUUAAGUGAGAAUUUUGGUUAGAGUUUCUCAGUACCAACAGUUUUUUUAUUUUCAACAUUAACCGGAAAGUGAACCCAACUGAAAUUUGUCUUAUAAUUAGCUAGUAAUUAAAAGUCUGAAUUUGAUUUUUAUGCUUAGAUUGUCUGAAGAUUUGAGCGUCAAUGAAGAACAAUUAAAAGCAAGCCAUAUUUUAGAGCUUGCAGAGGCAGUAAAAAAUCAAUCAAAUAAGUAA